AUGGCUAUCGCGGCUUACGAAGAAGAAGAAAAAGAAGUAACUCUAAGUCCCCCACUUCUUCCCCCGGCCGAGCACGAGCUGGAUCAAAAUGAUGAACCAGACUUCAAGCGUCUCAGGUUAUCGCCGACGCCUCCGAACCCUGAGAAUGCCACUCGGAAUCGGCGGCUGAUAUAUCUUCAGAAUCAUGACGAGUAUUUUACAAAAACGGAGCACGCGUUUUCGCUGCCCACGUUGUAUAAUCAAUUGGUUAGUCGGUUUAUGAGUGGGAGGGAUAUGAGGGAGCAUGCGGCGGAUCCGGCGAGUCAGACGAAGUUUAGUGAGAUAUUGGCUAGGGAUCUAGAACGUGGGGAGGAUCGGAUGGAGAAUAUACGACGGCACCAGAAAAUGGAAGAAGAGGAGGAUGAAGAUGAGAUGGAGGAAGUUGAAGAUGAAGAAGGGAAUAUUGUCAUGAAAUCAAAACGAGAAACAUUGGAUACCGACCUUGACGGAGAGGCAGCAGAAGAUGGACUUAUCGAUGCCGAAAAUCUCGAUGCCGACAUUCUAAUACGAGCGGAUUCUAAUGGGGAGUUUAUGAAUGUAGAGGAUAGAGAAGAGGCAUGGGAGAUAUGGAAGGACAUUCUUUCAAGAAGGUUCUUACGGGGCGAUGAUGAAGAUUUUGAGUACGACAGCGUAGAUAGGCCUGGUGGGGCCGGAGACCCAAACCACUUAAUCGAAGUCGAGAUUGAAAGAGAUGGAUGGGAAGAGUAUUUUGACGGAGAGGAAGCCGAUGUUUAUACUGAAAGAGAUGGGAGGAUGUAUUUGGGUGGUAAAGUAGUGGAAGGAGAGACCGGGAUUCAAGACUUCUGA